UUUGCAGGCCCACUGGUGCGUUUGGUUUCUGGAGAGAGCAGGAAGGAGGGCAGAGUGGAGGUUUUCAUAAAUGGCCAGUGGGGAAGCGUAUGUGAUGAUGGUUGGAAUGAUGUAAAUGCAGCUGUAGUGUGCAGACAGCUGGGAUUCACUGGUGUGGCUAAAGCUCGAUCCAUGGCGUACUUUGGUGAGGGUCAAGGUCCCAUUCAUCUGGACAACGUUCAAUGCUCGGGCAAUGAGUCAUCUUUAGGCCAGUGUGCAGCUGAGGGUAGAGAUGGCCAUGAUUGUCGCCACAGUGAGGAUGCUGGUGUUAUCUGUGAUUACACUCUGGAUCCUAUGGGAGAAGGCACCCUGGCAAUGCAUACCUGUGGCCUGAGACUCAAUAACCAGCGUCGGCGACGCAGGAUCAUAGGAGGAGAUAAGUCACUGAGGGGUGAGUGGCCCUGGCAGGUGUCUCUGUGGCUCAGGUCUCAGUCUAAAGGCAAUCAUCCUCUGUGUGGAACAUCCCUUAUAAACCCAUGUUGGGUUGUGACUGCUGCCCACUGCUUCAAGAGGUUUGGCAGAGACCCAACUCGCUAUGUGUUGCGCCUGGGUGACUACCACACUGAGGAGCAGGACGACUUUGAACGUACCUUGUCCCCCGAACGCAUUGUUAUCCACAGAAAGUACCACAGUCAGGGGUGGGAGUACGACAUCGCUUUGCUGCGACUCAAAGGCACAGAGGGCAACUGUGUGGCAUUCAACCCUCACACUGGUGCAGUAUGUCUGCCAGAGCCAGGCAACGAGUGGGGGAAGAGGCCUGCUGCCUGUGUGAUCACUGGCUGGGGCAUCACAGACUCAGAGUACUCCCGCACGCUGCUACAAGCCUGGGUUCCCCUGCUCCCUGCUUGGAAGUGUAAAAAGAGAUAUGGUGAUCGCUUCACCAGCCGCAUGCUGUGUGCCGGGAGCCUAUCAGAGCACCACCGUGUGGACAGUUGUCAGGGUGACAGUGGGGGUCCACUGGUUUGCCAGGGGGAGGGGGGCCGAUGGAUGCUGACAGGAGUCAUCUCCUGGGGUCAUGGCUGCGGUAAUCCCUCCUUCCCUGGGGUGUACACACGGGUUAGCAGGUUCCUGCGAUGGAUUGACAAAGUCAUCAACAAACCCUACAAGAACUGAUGAUGGGGAAGAACACUUUGGAUUACCAGUGUCAUUAAUGUCAUUAAGUGGCUUCAGGGCUGGUAGCAGUAGGUGUAUGCCUAAUGGCCUUUGUGUCUGUGUCGUGCCUCCUGGACUCCUACACCAAGCACUUCAGUCUUCUGUUUCUUUAUCCCCCAUCACUUCAAAAAGCAUGUAAAUGGCAUUAUGCUCUAUAUUAUUUCCAUGGUGUGGACUAAUGUCAGAUUGCUAUACACUAGGAACACUUGUGUUGUGCCAUAUUGUGAUGCAGAUUUUACAUGAGUAAAAGGGUGCUUAUUGAUGAUGAGUUGUACUUGAUGCUCCCCUAAACUGCAAUAUAUGCCUUUGUCUUGCUCCUCUUCAUCUAACCAAUUGGUUAUUUGAAACAGCUGCUUAUUUAAUUGCUUGCUUGCAAUAGGUAAGCACUGAAUAAUGUCAGUCUCUUCCUGUGUAGACAAUGUUUUUAUUGAACAAGAAGUUUAGGGUUCUGUAUGCUUCAAACAAACAAGUUUGUGCAAGUUUCGUCUAAACAUGUCUGCAGGCAAAAGUGUGUAUAACUGUUCCGAAUGGCCACACUUGAAGGAGGGGUGAAAAGCCUGGCAUCAUAGUGAGGGCUAAGAAGUGAUGAAAAGUGCACACUUUCAAACAAUCAUCUGCAUACGUGGCCAAUCACUUUAUGAGGGUCACAUGAUUGUCCAACUGUCAGUGUCAGAGAGCUACAAAUAUGGUCAGAUGUGCCCUCUCCUCUCCAAUUCCAACAUUGCUAAGAUAUAGGCGGAGGGGUUUCAGAUGCUGUUCAACAAUCUGACAAGCACUUUGUUUGAAGCAUACUUACAAACUUUAGUAGUGCUACCCUCCUGUCCCUACUGACAAAUAAGGUUGCACUGCUUCACAAUAAUAGCCUUCAUGUGGUUUGUCGGUGGAAAGCUUUUCAUGUGGAGCAGCAGCAGCAUCAGUUUUAUUCAAUAAUUAUAGCUCUAGUACAGCUAUAGGAGAUUGACCAAUGAGUAACCAAUGAGGCUGCUGUUUGUUGGAUGAAAGGAUCAUCAGGAACAUAGGAGUGAAACACAACUUGCAACCAACUUGAGUCCUCUGCUGUGAGGCUGCGGUGGAAAUGCAUAUGAUCAUGGCUAGCUACUAAAGGUCUUCAUGGGUCCAACUCUGAUGUUCAUGAUGAACAUGAUGUUCCACCAAUUAAGCUCAAAUUAGACUUUAAACCUGCCAUGUUCCUUUUCAUUUGGUGCAAAAUGUUUGACCCAAGGACCAUAUGUGGACUGGACAUUUGUGAACACAUCUGGCACUUGGUGCCACCAUAGGCACCCAGUGCCCAGUAGUAUCACUAAAACCCCAGGUGCUUCCACUAUUAACAUAUAGACGUUUUUGCAAUAUAGCGGGACACUGCCCCACCUUAUUACAUUGAUUUUAAUUUGGACCCAGUCUGAGUGGGGUCUCAGAUAAUAGUAACCCCAGUGGACUCAUGAAGACCUCUACUUAAAUAGUGCUAUACUAAGCUAGUCAUGUGAAAAGCUCAAUGAAAUUGCACUAAAAUGCAUGCCUUACAAUCACAUUUGGUCACCUGUAAAUAAGAACUUCAUGCAGGCAGGCAGAAUGACAGUGAUGGGGAAAAAACAAAAAUCUUUGAAGAAUGAUAUGUUUCAAUAAUGAAUUUGUUUUUUAUUUGUUAUUUGCUUAAUCAACAUUCCAAGUGUGCAUCUCUUAACCAAAAAAACAGGUCAAAUCAUUAUUCAUUAUUAUUCUAACCAUGAUUGUUGACACAUUUCUUUUUGCUAAGAUUUAACUUAUUACAGGUCUACAGUUACUGUCAACUACUUGACAGUUAAAAAUGUAAAAAGUUUUUUAAUGUUUUAAUGUUGAUUUUGUUAAACUGUAUUUAUUUAAGUAGUGUUAA